UCGGUCGUCAUGCAGCUUUGAAACCUCGUCGAGCAACAGAUCCAACACGCCAGGAAGCCUCUUAUCUCGUGGUUUUGAGAGUGCUGUCGAGAGCAAUAGCUCCGGGAUUUACUGCCGCCCUCAAGCCUAUCCGUACACGUUACGAGCCAGGGGAAAUCACAUUUAAUAUAUCGAUCUAAUGAGCCCGCCUUCAACCAGAACAAUGACGAACCAAAUCCUCCGCGCCGCCGGCCUCUUCCAAGCCCUCCUCACCACCCCCAUCGCCCUCACCCUCGGUUUCCUCGCUUUCGUCCAGCUAUGGGAUAACUACGAAACCGUAUACCGCUUCCUCACAUACACCGUCAACGGUCUCCUCGCAACUAUAAUCCUCUUCAUCCUCCUCAUCCAGGACCGCAUGCCAAGCCUGUCCGCAAAAAUAUCGUUUGUCCUAGAAGCCGCCAAGUCGCUGCUUGCGACGGCUAUGUGGCUGUGGCUUGUGUUGGAUAGCGCGUAUGCGGACCAUAGUGGCAGGUACAGGGAGCCAUCGAACGAUAGGUUUCUCCGUGUUGUGAGGGCGUUUAUUGCUGGGUUUGCUUUGUUAGUCCUGUUUUACCCGACUGCUAUUUACGCUACGUAUGUGGCUUGCGAAGAAGACAAGGUGGCCGCGCGAGAUGCUGCUGUGGAGGAAGGUGAACGGACCCCGCUCUUGUCACAGGAGGCUUAGGAGGAUGGCCAUGGAGAUUUGUGAUUUUGGAUUUGGCGGGCGAACUGGAUCUUGGAGAUAUUUCGGGUAUCAUCUUGCAAGACAGGAAUUCAUUUCUACUGUGCAGAAGGCUACCCAUGAACCCUGCUUCAAGUUACGAUAUAUGACUUUGUAUAUAGACUAGUUGUUAAGAUAACUAAUAAUUUUUAAUAUCAGAGAAAUCUGACUAUGACAGCG